AAAAAAAAAAGUGUGCAUGAUGAUUAUUUAAUAAAUAUAUUUGCAAUUAUCAUUUACCGUCAUAUAGUCACCAAUUGGAUCCAAUUUUAUCCAUCCAUUGAAACACACCAUUGGAUUGAUUGAUGAGAGAGAGAGAGAGAGGAUGAAACUUCUUGAAACUUCUUAUACGACUUUAAGACUAUACCGACAAUUGAUUCAUCACAAAGACUACCAUAAGAUCUUAAAGAGAAAUGUCUUGAAGAGACACUACGCUAGUGUUGUCGGUGGUAGUGGUGGUGGCAAUGGCGGCCCCGGCGGCGGUGGCGAUCAAUCGGUACACAAACAAGUGGAAAAUAUCCGCAAUAUUGGUAUAUCGGCGCACAUCGACAGCGGUAAGACAACGCUGACCGAACGUGUACUCUACUAUACGGGUCGGAUACAUGAGAUGCACGAAGUCCGCGGUAAGGAUCAGAUCGGGGCCACAAUGGACUCGAUGGAGUUGGAGCGCCAGCGAGGGAUUACAAUCAAAUCGGCGGCCACUCACGUUAAUUGGCGAUCGACGGCCAUCAACAUUAUCGAUACGCCCGGUCACGUCGAUUUCACGGUCGAAGUUGAACGAGCUUUGCGCGUACUCGACGGUGCUGUACUAGUAUUGUGCGGUGUCGGCGGUGUCCAAUCGCAGACAAUGACCGUUACCCGCCAAAUGAAACGCUACGACGUACCCUGUAUUGCAUUCAUCAAUAAAUUGGACCGAUUGGCAGCCAAUCAUAAUCGGGUUAUCCAUCAGAUUCGCCAGAAACUCGGUCUGAACGCUGCGUUUGUCAAUAUACCCAUUGGUCUCGAGUCCAAACAUACCGGUAUUGUCGAUCUUAUCCAUCGAAAGGCCUAUUAUUUUGAAGGCGACAACGGUCAAACCAUACGUCAAGCAGAUGUACCCAAAGAUAUGGCCGAUGAAGUGGAAUCCAAGAGACAAGAGUUGAUUGAAUGUGUAACCAAUUGUGAUGACAUUUUGGGUGAUAUGUUUCUCGAAGAAAAACAACCGAAUGAACAACAGAUUGAGGAAGCAAUUCGUCGGUCGUGUUUAGCCCAGAAGUUUAUACCGGUAUUUACUGGAAGCGCUCUGAAAAACAAAGGCGUCCAACACUUACUCGACGCUGUUGUCCAGUAUCUGCCGAAUCCGGCCGAAGUCAGCAACUAUGCAUUGCUCCAGACUAGCGAAACGGCGCCGCCGGCCAAAGUGUUGAUGAAUCCCGAACGCAGCGAUCGUAAUCAGUUUGUCGGUCUGGCCUUCAAACUGGAAGCCGGCCGUUUUGGUCAGCUAACCUAUAUGCGCGUCUAUCAGGGAAUGUUGCGAAAGGGUACCUAUAUCUACAAUACCCGAACCGGCCGAAAGGUUAAGGUAUCCCGUUUGGUGCGAAUGCAUUCAAGCGAAAUGCAAGAGAUUGACGAAGCGUUGGCCGGCGAUAUAUGCGCACUGUUCGGUGUCGACUGUGCCAGCGGUGAUACGUUUGUAAUCGACAAAGAUUCCCGUCUAUCGAUGGAGUCGAUCUAUGUACCCGAACCGGUCAUAUCGAUGUCGAUGAAAGCCGUCAGCAAAGAUACAAUGGAUAACUUUAUGAAAGCUUUAACCCGAUUCUGUAAAGAAGAUCCAACAUUUCAUACGCAAUGGGACGACGAAAGUAAAGAGACGAUUGUGUCGGGUAUGGGUGAACUGCAUCUGGAAAUCUAUGGCCAACGUAUGGAACGGGAGUACAAUUGUCCGGUACAGUUGGGCAAACCUAAAGUAGCCUUCAGAGAGACUAUACAGAGGUCGUGUCAGUUUGAUUAUCUGCAUAAAAAACAAAGCGGCGGCGCCGGUCAAUACGGUUGCGUUCAAGGAGUGGUCGAACCGUUGCCAACCGAUAACAAUACAAACAAUGUAUUCUCCGAUGAGACAACUGGAACGGGAAUACCGAAACAUUUUGUACCAUCGAUUCGCAAAGGUUUCGAACAGAUGUGUCUGAAUGGGCCGCUGACUGGCCAUAAGGUGGUCGGCAUCAAGUUUCGGCUGCAGGACGGCAAACAUCAUUGUGUCGACUCCAACGAUAUUGCAUUCAUGUCGGCGGCUCAGGGAGCUAUGCGCCAGACGUACGAAAUGGGCAAAUGGCAGAUAUUGGAACCGAUUAUGAAUGUCGAAGUUAGCUGUCCGUCCGAAUUUCAAGGCGACAUCAUUGGCCACGUAUCGCGACGAUCGGGAGUACUGUUGUCCACUGACGACAACAACAAUUGGUUUACAAUCAACGCUGAGAUACCAUUGAACGAUAUGUUUGGUUUCGCUACUGAACUACGAUCGGCAACUCAAGGCAAAGGCGAAUACUCGAUGGAGUAUUGCCGAUAUUCGCCGGCCAGAGCCGAUGUCGUACAACAGCUGAUCGAUCAAUACAACCAGGAGUUGGACAACAAUAAACAGAUGAAAAAGAAGAACAGAUAGACGGACGACGACGACCAAGAAGACGACGAAUUAAAAAUAUCUUUUGUUUUUUUUUUAUUAAUUAUCAAAUUUUUUUAGUG